AUGGUCGAAGCUAAUAACAAUACUGAAUUGAUUCAUCGAAAAUUAUUGCAAAACAAGCCUUUAGCUGAUACUUCGAAUCACGACCCUUUGGGUCUACAAGAGGAUGGUGAUAAAAUCACAUCGCUAAUAGAAUCAAUGAAAAAAAUAUCUAUAUCAGUUAAUGGUAGGGAUACAGAAGUG